CGGACGGUUCACUAUGCUUCUAAAUACUGAACAGAUAACUCUAAUUGGACAAGUAUUUGAGUCAUAUGUUUUGGAACACCACAAAAAUGAUCUCUUGCAGAUUUUAAGAGAAGAAGAAGAUGAUGCUCAUUACUCAGUUAUUGUUGAUGCUCUGACUCUUUUUGAAACCAACAUGGAAAUUGGUGAAUAUUUAAAUGCGUUUCCCAAUGAAGUUCUCCCUAUUUUUGAUAAUGCAUUGCGCAGGGCAGCUCUGACACUUUCCCAGCAUGUUUCUCAAGCUCCUGACUUCAUCGUUAAACAGAAUCUUCAUGCCAGAAUCUCAGGUUUACCUGUUUGCCCAGAGUUAACCAGAGAACACAUCCCAAAGACCAGAGAUGUUGGGCACUUCCUUUCAGUGACUGGCACUGUUAUUCGCACCAGCCUAACAAAGGUCCUGGAGUUUGAACGGGAUUACAUGUGCAACAAGUGCAAGCAUGUUUUUGUGGUCAAAGCUGACUUUGAGCAAUACUAUGCUUUCUGCCGUCCAUCAGCCUGCCCUAACGAAGAAGGCUGCAACUCCUCUAAGUUCACAUGCCUCUCUGGAACUUCCCAUGCUCCGAACAGUUGCAGAGACUAUCAAGAAAUCAAGAUACAGGAGCAGGUUCAAAGGCUAUCUGUUGGAAGUAUUCCUCGUUCUAUGAUGGUUGUCCUUGAAGAUGACUUAGUUGACACCUGCAAAUCUGGUGACGACCUAACAGUUUACGGAGUAGUCAUGCAGCGGUGGAAAGCCUUUCACCCAGAUUCACGCUGUGAUGUAGAGAUUGUCUUGAAGGCCAAUUACAUUCAUGUAAACAACGAGCAGAUGGCAGGAGUUAUAAUUGAUGAGGAGGUCCGCAAGGAGUUCGAAGAUUUUUGGGGAAAACAUAGGAGUGAUCCCUUAGCAGGGAGGAAUGAAAUUUUAGCAAGCUUGUGCCCUCAGAUUUUUGGAUUGUAUGUUGUGAAGCUGGCUGUAGGCAUGGUGCUUGCAGGGGGUGUGCAGAGAACAGAUGCUGCAGGCACUCGCAUUAGAGGUGAAUCACAUCUUUUAUUGGUUGGAGAUCCUGGAACAGGGAAAUCUCAAUUUCUGAAAUAUGCAGUAAAGAUUUCCCCACGAUCUGUACUUACAGCAGGAAUUGGAUCUACAAGUGCAGGUUUGACAGUGACAGCUGUGAAAGACUCUGGAGAAUGGAAUUUAGAGGCCGGAGCACUAGUGCUGGCCGAUGGGGGCCUUUGCUGUAUUGAUGAGUUUAACAGCAUCAAGGAACACGACAGAACCAGCAUUCAUGAGGCGAUGGAGCAACAAACCAUCAGUGUAGCCAAGGCUGGCUUAGUGUGUAAACUGAACACAAGGACGACUAUUUUGGCAGCAACCAAUCCAAAAGGCCAAUAUGACCCUAACGAAUCUGUCUCUGUGAACGUAGCCCUUGGAAGUCCUCUUCUUAGCAGGUUUGAUCUUGUCUUAGUAUUGCUGGAUACAAGAAAUGAGGAAUGGGAUCGCAUAAUUUCUUCUUUCAUAUUGGAAAAUAAAGGCUGCCCAAGUGUGUCUGAAAAGCUCUGGACUAUGGAAAAAAUGAAAACAUACUUCUGCCUUAUAAAGAACCUACAGCCAGUAUUGACUGAUGAAAGCAACCUGAUCCUUGUCCGCUAUUAUCAGAUGCAGCGGCAGAGUGAUUGCAGAAAUGCUGCCCGAACUACCAUCCGAUUACUGGAGAGCUUGAUACGGUUAGCUGAAGCACAUGCUCGGUUGAUGUUUAGAGAGACUGUAACUGUGGAAGAUGCAAUAACUGUGGUUUCAGUGAUGGAAUCUUCCAUGCAAGGUGGUGCACUUCUUGGAGGUGUUAAUGCACUCCACACUUCAUUCCCUGAAAAUCCAGUGGAGCAAUACCGAAUGCAAUGUGAACUAAUCCUGGAAAAGUUGGAACUGCAGGACCUUCUCCGUGAAGAACUGAAAAGGCUCGACAGAAUGAAAAUUCAUGUCAGAUUCUGCAAUCCAAAGCAGCAUCUUCAAGCAAUUGCACCCUUGAGAAAUCUGAGCAGAUGUCUUAUCCCCAACAUUCAGACAAAAUUGGAAAUAAUGUUCAGUUGCAACCGGUCUUACCCAAAAUACACCCAGACGCUGAUACGCAUUCAACAUUCUUAAGCAGCCAAACAUCUGAUGGGAACAGAGUAACUGGUGAGAG